GGUCCGUUUCAAUCCUCGCGGGCUACUUGAACUGAGAGAAAGCAGCUCCUCUUCUCUGCAUGUUUCUGUUGUGCUCAUGGACCGAGGAGGUUUAGCUUUGCUGCAAGGUUGGUAGUCAAUUCAGGAACUCUAGAGCAUGGCGAACACAUUGUAGACAUUGUACCGCCAUCUGCGCACAGUUAGUUUGUUGUCUGCUUUGUUUAUAUUAGCAGUUCAGAGACUGGUUGCCAUCACAACUGCUUAGUUUCGAUUGUGCUACCUCCCUCAGCUAAUGCUAGCCUCCCUAUAACCGUGCUUUUAUCAUUUAUAUAUAUAUAUUUUAUAUCUACAAGAGCUCACACCAGCUGUAGUAUCUUCUUCUUUGAGUGUAAACAUGUCAGGAGCUAACAGAGGACAGGUUGGUGAGCUCCACAGCCAAGAAAACAUGCUGUCCAGACUGAGAGGCUCGCUCAAAGCACGAGCUGCUGCUGCUUCUUCAAAUGAAAACCAAGAGAACCAUCCACCCAAACAACAAGCAGCAGCAGCCGGCAGAACCGUGCUGGGAGCCCUGCAGAACAACCAGAGGAGCAAAACCCAGACCCAGCAGCGCGGCAGCAAACAGGAGUCAUCACAGUCCCUGUCCUGCAAAAAUGAAGAUUUGGGCAAAAGCUGCACAGAGAAGCCCUCCGCCAAGCUGCCCGCUUUCCAGAUCCAUAUGGACGAGCCUGAUGGCGUCUGUACCAAGAAGCCAACUCAGGUGGUCGAAGCUGUUAAAGCCAAGUCCAUCCCAGAGAGAAUCGAUGCUGUGGCACGGCUCCGGCAGCCUCUGGCCCCCCUUGAUAUGCCAGCAGCAAUGGAUCUCAGCUUUGGGGACUCUCCCAUGGACAUGUCUGUGGUUGAAGGGGAGGAGAAACCAGUCGCUGUAAACGAGGUCCAAGAAUAUGCUGCUGAAAUCCACACAUACCUGAGGGAGAUGGAGGUAAAAACCAGGCCUAAAGCAGGCUACAUGAAGAAGCAGCCCGACAUCACCAACAGCAUGAGGGCCAUCCUGGUGGACUGGCUGGUCGAGGUCGGAGAAGAGUACAAGCUCCAGAAUGAGACCCUUUAUCUGGCUGUAAACUACAUCGAUCGCUUCCUCUCCUCCAUGUCGGUCCUGAGGGGGAAGCUUCAGCUGGUUGGCACUGCUGCCAUGCUGUUGGCUUCGAAAUUUGAAGAGAUCUACCCCCCAGAGGUGGCAGAGUUCGUUUACAUCACAGAUGACACCUACACCAAGAAGCAAGUGUUAAGAAUGGAGCAUCUGGUGCUUAAAGUGCUCUCCUUUGAUCUGGCAUCACCAACAAUCAACCAGUUUCUCACCCAGUACUUCCUCAAUCACUCAGUUAAUAAACAAGUGGAGAGCCUGUCAAUGUACCUUGGGGAGCUCAGUCUGGUUGAUUCAGAUCCCUUCUUGAAGUACCUUCCAUCACAGACGGCUGCUGCAGCCUACACCUUGGCAAACCACACAGUGACCGGUGGCUCAUGGCCCAAGUCCUUGACAGAGAUGACUGGCUACUCGCUGGAAGAUCUGAUGCCAUGUGUUGAAGAUCUGCACCAAACUUUCCUCAAUGUUGCUCAGCAUGCCCAGCAGUCUGUACGGGAGAAGUACAAGGGCCCCAAGUACUCGGAAGUUUCCCUCCUCGAUGUUCCAGCUAAAUUGCUGCUGAACUGAACUAAUUUCUCUCCCUCCCCUUAUCCAUGUAGAGUUUUGUGCCCCCUGUCAGUCUUUACAUUUUUUUUAAUGACGUGUGCCACAAUUUCAAAUGACACGGCCUGCUCUUUUUGGAGUAGUGCCAGCUGUUUAGACUUUUUAAAGGUAUUUUUAUAUACUCAAUCCUGACAUUCAUACCAGAUGCUACAGUUGUGUUGGUUAAUCAAGCAGUUUUAAUGUUGACUUUUAAUCGCAGACAAAAUGUAGAGGUCUUACUAGCAAUCUGUAAACACACUACUUCAAUCUACAGUGUUAAACUCCAGUAGACCUGUGAGAACUUACUGUUUUUCCACUUUUUUUUUUUUAAAGGUUGAGUUGAUGGCAGUUAUUGUUGCUGGUUCAUCUUGAGAAAUGCAACCUUUACUAUUGACCUCAUGGGAUACAGAUUAAGUACGUUUUGUCUGUAAUAGUCACCUGUCUCAUUACAUUGGUGUAUUGGAAGUUAACAUCUUUUCAAGGCAUCAUCUGCACUGUAAAAUAUGGCUCUUGUAAAUAAAAUUCAUUUAAAGUAA